AUGUCUUCGCUUUCUCUCUCUUCAUCCGAGAACCAAUACCUUGAAACCCUGUUACAAUCAGCCCGUCCAUUUCUCCGUGGAGAGCUCGAAUCCAUCGACAAAAACCUACCUUCUGUCAUCGCUGUCUUACGCUCUGCCGGUGCCGGGGAGUGUUGGCACAGGCAUGGCUCCUUCCAAUACCAUCUUUUCGAUGUUUACCGUAUUCUAAAGCUCUGGAAAGCCCAGGAGUGUAUAUGCCUUUGCGGCCUCUUUCACUCUGCUUACUCAAACUCUUACAAUAACCUUGCAAUAUUCGAUGCUGCCACGGACCGUGACACCGUGCGUGGCCUUGUUGGUGAGGCUGCAGAGCGUUUGAUGUACUUGUUUUGUGUUGUCCAGCGUCACCCUCUCAUUCAUGAUGAUCUUCUGUUCCAAUACACUGAUUCAGAACUGGUCGAACACCUUGAGCUUUCGAAGAUUUCGUUGAGGAAAUCUAAGGAAAUUGGGAUUUUCAACGAGGAAGAGUUUUGGAGGGUGAAACUACAGUCUCUUGUUCCUGCUAAUGGGAUCACAGUGAAGCACAUAAAGACGGGAGAAGAAGUUGUGCUCUCCCGGAGAGUCAUUGCAGUGUUCCUUCUGAUGACAAUAGUUGAUUUCAGUGAUCAGUUUUUUGGUUAUCAAGACGUCUUGUUUGAGAAUAGCAAUGGCCGUCUGGAGUUUUCUGGAGAUAAUAAUGCUGCUUUAUGGCCUGGUGAUGGCAGGCCAGGACUAUGGAUGAACUCAAUAUCAAGAAUGGGUGCAUUAUACACAAUGUUAGUGAGAGAAGAAGAGAUAUACAUGGAGGAAAGUAAAAGAAGUGGUGAUGAUGGGGUAUUAAAAGAUAGAGAGUACGAAGGUAUUGAGCUUGUCAUCCCACCAGUUUUCGAGAACUGCACAAGGGUUUUGGAUGCAGAAGACCAGAUUGAAUCCAGGGACUUGUAUUGGGAGGUUAUGUGUGAUUCGUCUGAGAAGGGUUUGCAGAGAGCUGAGGAGAAGCUGUUGAGGUGUGUGGAAAAGAACCCUUUUAUUGGAGAGCCUCACUUGGUGUUGGGUCAGCUGUAUUUGAGCAAAGAGAGGUUUGAGGAUGCUGAGAGAGAGGUACAAGAAGGGCUAACCCUUUUGUUGGAGUGGGGAAAUCCUUGGGAUAAGAGGAUGUCAUGGGAAGGUUGGAUUGCUUGGGCUAGGGUUAUGUGGAUUAAGGCUAAGGAGCGGUCAUGGCCGAAGACUUCAUGGGGCAUCAUCAACUUAGGCCUAGUGAAGUAG